AAAGGAAAAAGCGGUGGAGGAGAAGAUAGAACUGAAGAGGGGAUAUGUAAGGGGGAGUACUCUCAGGAACAAGGGAGAUGUGGAUUUGUAAUCCUCUGGAUCAGAUAUACCUCAUCCCUGAGUGGAAGUAGCUGUGCAGGUCGUUGGAUGCAUUGGUGGUCAUCUUUCAAACUACAAUAGGAUUUGGAACAGCUCUUGCAGACUGUAGCAAUGCAGCUCCACUAUUUAAGAAGAGAGGUGGAGAAAAUGGAGAUCUGCAAACCUGUUGUUGACAUCAGUUGAGAAAAUCUUUUGAGUGUCUUAUCAAGGCUGUGAUAGACACUCAGAAAAACAAUGAUUUUCCUUUGAACUCCAUACAUCACAAUGGCAGAAACUUCACAGCAGGAUGAGCUGGAAACAAUUGGGAAGCUGCGAGUCCAAGACUUUCUUCUUCAUUUCCAAAUGGUCAAACAAGGUGCCGAAGCCAAAAUCUACAGGGGCAAUUUCCUUGGAAAGCCAACAGUUGUGAAGGAAAGAUUCCCCAAAUCAUAUCGACACUCAACUCUGGAUAAGAAACUCACAAAUCGCAGGACUACUCAGGAAGUACGAUCCAUCCUCAGGUGCAGGAAAGCUGGUAUUGCAACCCCUGUAGUGUAUUUUGUGGACUACAAUACAAGUUGCAUCUACUUUGAAGAUUUAGUUGGGGCUGUAACUGUCCGUGACUACAUAACUUCCACUCACAGUUCUGCAACAGAUAUAGCAAAGCUUUUUCCCUUGGCCGAAAAAAUCGGGCAGAUCCUGGCAAAGAUGCACGAUGAGGAUGUUAUCCAUGGGGACCUCACUACCUCAAACAUGAUGAUACGGCAACCUGGGGAAGAGUUGAGUUUGGUACUGAUAGACUUUGGCCUAAGUUUUAUAUCUGCUUUACCUGAGGAUAAAGGGGUCGAUCUUUACGUUCUGGAAAAAGCUUUCCUGAGCAGUCACCCCAACACAGAAAAUGUGUUCAAAGUUCUCCUUAAGAGUUACUCAACCACUUCUAAGAAGUCAGGCCCUGUGCUAAAAAAACUUAAUGAAGUUAGGCAGAGAGGGAGAAAACGAUCAAUGGUUGGAUAAUGAAAAUAUUUUUAUUUUCUCUUAACUUUUAAGUUUCUCAACUUUUUUUUAACUUUGUCAAACUCUGUUUAAAAAAAAGUCUGAAUUCGAAAUUAUAUCUGUUUUUCAGAGCUGAGUGUUUAAAAUCCAUUGCAAUGGUUUUAUAAUUCAUAGAGCUAUUGUAAAUAAUAAAUAUUUAA